GCGGCCACACGCCCGCAGGCUGUGAUUGUGUUCGGUGCGCCUGUAAAGGACACCGCGAAGUUCAUUACGCGGAUGCUGACGGACAAGCGCACCGCUGGCGCCUACCUCCUUGCACCAUCCUUGAUGCAGAGCAUGAUUCUUUCAAGAUGGCGGAAGGCCGUGGCAAGCGGUGUUCCCUUUAUUCCCGGCCAGGUUAUCACGACAGGUACGAACCCGCUUGCGAAGGACACGCGAUACGAGGCGAUCCAACGCUUCCAGAGUGUGAUGCGGGGCUACCUUAAGAGCGAUGAGAACACGGUGUACAAUAGCACCGAGCACUUUCUGGAGGACGACGAUGACGGUGAGACGAUGGUUGCUGGCUGGAUUGUCGGUGAGGUGCUGUGGGAGGCGCUGAUCAGCCGUGUGUGGGUGAGGGACAGGGAGUCCUUCAGACGCUCGCUCUACAACCAACGCCGGUAUUUGAUCGAUGAUCUUGUGGUUGGUGACUACGGUGAUAAUUGCAGUGCUAUUACUGCUUCACAGGGUGGUAUCUGCCGCUGCAACAGAGGUGGGCGGACGGUCUACAUGAAGCGGUUCGUGGAGGGGUAUCGCGCUGAGAACAUAUUGAGUGGAGAGCUUACGAUUCCACCUUUGAGGUGCUACACAGACGGUAUGAGACUAUUUGCGCCGCUGAAUGGAGUUGUUCUUCUGAUGACUGACGAUGCCCAUGCGGUGAGGGCAACGCUUGGCAUGAAAACCGGUGCAGCUGCUGCGCUGGGUAUCCAGCUGAACCUCCCGAAUGCACAUAGUAUUACGCUUGAUCUGAUAAAUACCUCAACAGCUGGUGCAAUGUCGGCACUGAGGGAUGAGCAGAAGAGAAAGCGCAUCCAUGCCGUGGGUGGUGUGGUGACAGAGGAUAUGCUCGAUGACGAAUCUGUGGUAUUCAUUGACGCGCAGGAGCUUCAUCCACAUCUGAACAAGUUUCGCCGGCACGUUAUCCGCCUGUCACCGACGCUGGAGCAGGAGUUCUUUGUGCUUGCGCAGUACCUUGGCAGCACGACCGGCGCCAACGCCCACGCUGUGAUCCGCAGCGACGAGGCGGCUGCAAUAGCGGAUGUGUUGCAGCGGUCCGUUGUGACGUUUGGCGGGUCGCUUGUGUCCUCCAUGCUGCUGUCUGGCGGUGACGCGCUGGGGGACUACCUGCCGCGUAAGGGCGAUGUGUUCGUCGUGGGCCUUGCUGCUGCCGAUGUUGCUGUGAUCGCGGGUCACCUGGCGGAGCACAGCGGUGUGCGUGUGCUUGUGCUGUUCACGGAGGUCUCCUUGUUCUACGAUGAGUUUGUUGCUGCGUUCAAUGGGAGUGCGGCUUCUGGGCGCCUUGUGUUCGCGACGAGCCUGCCGCACUGGGCAGACGAGAGCACGACAUCUGAGACGGUGCAGCUGUUCCACGCUGCUGUGGAGGAGAAGGCGAAGUGGACCCCGUUGGCGCUGAGGAGCUUCGCUACUACACUGGUAAUGCAAACUGUAGUGUCUCAGACUGGACGAAUGAGUGCUGAAUUAUUGGUUGAUUUCUUCUACAAGAAUGUUGCCGUCGCUGUGGCUGAUAUGCUUUACGGACCCUUCAAGGACGGCAAGAGGUGCGGUGACCAGAAUAACGUGAGCUCUGCUGAGUGUUCUAAGAACUACGGAGCGAGGCGUAUUUCUGUGUGGUCGAUGGCCCGCGUGCUGGACCCCGCAGUGCCUGAGCUGUUCCCCGCUGUGACGCCGUCGAUGG